AUGGUAUCGCACCCCCAAUACCACGCCUUCCCUUCCCGUCGCCCUCCCUUCCCGUCGCCUUCCCUUCCCGUCGCCUUCCCUUCCCGUCGACCUCCCUUCCCGUCGCCCUCCCUUCCCGUCGCCUUCCCUUCCCGUCGCCUUCCCUUCCCGUCGACCUCCCUUCCCGUCGCCCUCCCUUCCCGUCGCCCGCGCUUCUUCCCGUCGCACUCGCAAUCCGUUUCUUCCUCUCUCCCCGUCGCCCUCCCUUUCCCCGUCGCCCUGCCAUCCACUGCUCGUCGCCCUCGCCUUCCAUCCCGCCUCCCUUCCCAUCUCGCACACGUGCUUCUGACAGCCCUCUCUCCGUCCCCUCUGAAGCCCACGGCUCAGCUCCUAUCAGAAUUCCCUCAUUCCUCCGACGCCCCCUACCCUAGGACUCCUGCCUCCCGAUCCCUCUCCCCGUGCACGCAUCGCACGCGCAUCGUCCCCCUCUCCUCCUCCACCGCCCCUGCUGCCGCUCCCUCUGCUUCCCCUUGUUUCCCCCCUGCUUCCCCUAGUCUCCCCCCUGAUUACCAUAUUUCGAAACUCCUCCUUCCCGUCAUUUCCCCCUUUGCUUCUCCUCGUCUCCCCUCCUUCCCCUCGUUUACUUCGCUGCUUACCUCGUUUCCCCCUCUGCUCUCCUCGUUCUCCCUGUGCUUUCCCUCUUCCCCCCCCUCCUUCCCCUCAUUUCCCUCCCUCCUUCCCCUCAUUUCCCCCCUUGAUUCGCCUCAUUUACCAUCUUGCUUUCCCUCAUUAUCCUCCCUGCGUCUCCUAAUUUGCCCCUUGAUUCCACCUCAUUUCCCACCCUGCUUUCCCUGUUUGUACCUGCUUCCCCUUAUUUCCCCCCUGCUUCCCCUCAUAUCCACCGCUGCUUCGCCUCAUUGUCCCCUCUAUUUCCCCUCGUUCCCCCCUUUGCUUCCCCUCACUCCCCCCUUUGAUUUCCCUCGUUUCCCCUCCUCCUUCCCCUCAUUUACCCUCCCUGUUUCACUUCAUUUUCCUCCCCAUCUUCCAGUUUGUACCCUCCUGCUUCCCCUCAUUUCUCUCCGCUGCUUCCCCUCAUUUCUCUCCGCUGCUUCCCCUCAUUUCUCUCCGCUGCUUUUCCUCAUUUACCAGGAUUUCCCCCUCUGUUUCCCCUUCGUUUCCCCACCUGUUAAACCCUCUUUGACGUUUUUCCUUUUUCCCCCUCCCCAUACCUCGUAA